AUGGGUGGUCACGGAGCUAUUAAAGGAGAAGCAUGGUCGCCAUCGGGCGGCUGGUUCUUCACACCUAAAAACUGGAAGCCCAACACGAUGGUUGUCCUUGGCGGUCUUGCCGCCGUGGGCCUUGCUACCUACGUUGUCGGCAACAAGCUGCAGUACGUCGCCAACCAGCAGGAACCCGACUCCACCAUUGAACGAUGGAAUCUUGCUGCUCGCAAGGGCCGCCAGCAGAGUGCCACUACUGCAGCCUCGAACUAG